AUGUCGGGCUUCAGCCCGGAGCUGAUUGAUUACCUGGAGGGCAAGAUCUCCUUCGAGGAGUUCGAGCGGCGGCGAGAGGAGCGCAAGAGCCGCGAGAAGGUGAGUCUGCGCCAAAAUGCGUCUGCUGAGGAGAAUGCCGAUGAAGAUGUAGAGGCUCCAUCUUCAUCCAGAAAAGCAUCUGGAAAAUCCCAAAGUCAGGAUGAAACUGAUGGAGAAACUUCAGAUGGCGUCAGUAAAUCUGUUCAUAGGGUCUUUGCAUCCAUGCUUGGGGAAAAUGAAGAGGAGGAGGAGGAGGAGGAGGAAGAAGAGGACGAGGAAGAAGAAGAGGAAGAAGAAACUACUGAACAACCCACAGCUGGAGAUGUUUUUGUGUUGGAGAUGGUACUGAAUCGAGAGACCAAGAAAAUGAUGAAAGAGAAGAGACCUCGCAGCAAGCUUCCUCGUGCCUUGAGGGGUCUGAUGGGAGAGGCCAAUAUCAGGUUUGCUCGAGGAGAACGUGAGGAGGCUAUUCUAAUGUGCAUGGAAAUCAUUCGACAAGCUCCUCUUGCUCAUGAGCCUUUUUCCACUCUUGCCAUGAUCUAUGAAGACCAGGGUGAUAUGGAGAAGUCGUUACAGUUUGAACUGAUUGCAGCUCACUUAAAUCCUAGUGAUACUGAGGAAUGGGUUAGACUAGCAGAAAUGUCACUGGAACAGGACAAUAUUAAACAGGCUGUUUUUUGCUACACAAAAGCUCUGAAAUACGACCCAACCAACGUGCGUUAUCUAUGGGAAAGAUCAAGCCUGUAUGAACAGCUGGGGGAACAUAAGAUGGCUAUGGAUGGCUACAGGCGUAUUUUGAAUCUCCUGUCUCCCUCUGAUGGAGAGCGCUUCAUGCAGUUGGCUAGAGACAUGGCAAAGAGUUAUUAUGAAGCCAAUGAUGUGACCUCUGCUAUUGAGAUAAUAGAAGAAGCCUUAACUAAACACCAGAGCCUUGUCUCCAUGGAAGACGUUAAUAUCGCAGCUGAACUAUAUAUUUCUUCCAAGCAGUAUGACAAAGCGUUGGCGGUUAUUACAGAUUUUACAGGAAUUGUACUUGAAAAGAAAGUAUCAGAAAAAUGUCCAACUGAGGAGAAAAAAGCUGUGCAGAAGGUCAGCUGUUGCAUACCCGAGGGCGUUCCCAUAGACAUCACGGUCAAGCUGAUGGUGUGCUUGGUUCACUUGAACAUCCUAGAGCCACUCAAUACUCUCUUGACCACUCUGGUGGAACAAAAUCCAGAAGAAAUGGGUGACUUGUAUUUGGAUGUUGCAGAGGCAUUUCUGGAUGUUGGAGAAUACAACUCAGCACUGCCUCUCUUGAGUUCCCUUGUCUGUUCAGAACGAUACAACUUGGCUGUUGUCUGGCUUCGGCAUGCGGAGUGCUUGAAGGCUUUGGGACACAUGGAACGUGCUGCUGAGAGCUAUGCCAAAGUUGUUGAUCUUGCUCCAUUACAUCUGGAUGCAAGAAUCUCACUUUCAACGCUUCAGCAGCAGCUGGGCCGACCUGAAAAAGCUCUGGAGGCUCUGGAACCGAUGUAUGAUCCAGAUACACUGGCUCAGGAUGCUAACGCUGCCCAGCAGGAAUUAAAGCUGCUCCUCCAUCGUUCGACACUGUUGUAUUCCCAAGGGAAAAUGUACGGUUACAUCGACACUUUACUUACAAUGCUGGCCAUGCUGUUGAAGGUAGCAAUGAGCAGAGCUCAGGUGUGUUUGAUAUCUAGUUCCAAGUCUGGAGAGAGACACCUCUAUCUUAUUAAGGUGUCAAGGGAUAAAAUUUCUGACAAUGACGACCAAGAGACAGCAAAUUGUGAUGCGAAAGCAAUUUUUGCUGUUCUCACGAGCGUUCUGACAAAAGAUGACUGGUGGAACCUCCUCCUGAAGGCUAUAUAUUCCUUGUGUGACCUCUCCCGGUACAAGGAGGCAGAGCUACUAGUGGAUUCCUCAUUGGAAUAUUAUUCAUUUUACGAUGAUAGACAAAAGCGCAAGGAGCUGGAAUACUUUGGGCUCUCUGCUGCCAUUCUGGACAAGAACUUCAGAAAAGCGUACAACUACAUCAGAAUCAUGGUAAUGGAAAAUGUCAAUAAACCUCAGCUAUGGAACAUAUUCAAUCAAGUUACUAUGCAAUCUCAGGAUGUCCGUCACCAUCGCUUUUGUCUCCGCUUAAUGCUGAAAAAUCCUGAUAAUCACGCAUUGUGUGUCCUAAACGGGCAUAAUGCGUUUGUGUCUGGCAGUUUCAAGCAUGCUCUUGGACAGUACGUGCAAGCCUUUCGUGCAAACCCAGCUGAACCUCUGUACAGUCUUUGUAUUGGCUUGACUUUCAUCCACAUGGCUUCUCAGAAAUACGUGUUGAAAAGGCAUGCUCUUCUAGUACAGGGAUUCUCCUUCCUGCACCGGUACUUGGACCUGCGCGGACCUUGUCAAGAGUCUUUCUACAACCUUGGCCGUGGCCUUCACCAGCUGGGAUUACUGCACCUGGCAAUCCACUAUUACCAAAAAGUACUUGACCUCCCUCCUCUCACCUUAGAGGGAAUAGAAACUGAUCAGACAGACUUGAGAAGAGAUACUGCCUUUAACUUGUCACUUAUUUAUCAGAGCAGUGGAAAUCUGAGACUGGCUCAAAAGAUGUUGUAUACCUACGCAGUUGUAUGAUGAGGUUUGUGGCAGGUGCAGUUGAUACACUUUGUGUUAACCUUUGCAUUGUGCAGUGCUGGAGAAGCUGGUUUAUGUACAGCUGUUUCUGUAGAGGGCCAGAGACGUGGCUUGUACUGUGUUUAUUGACUUUUUCUGCUUCUGACACUUGAACUGUAUCACAUAUGGAUGGAAACUGCCUGUUCCGAGUACAACGCUGACA